CAACCGGCUGCAGCCAGCCAGCGACAAGCUAAGCGACUCGGAAACAGUCGGUUUCUCCGCCAGAAUCAGGCAGUCACUUGGAGACGUUCAUCGCGACCGCCGCCAGAGCCCCUCAGCCCCAGUCUCGGAUACCAACAGGCGUCAGACCUGCCACCGACCGCGAUGGCGAGAACGUGGAUAGUGUUCCUCCUGGUCAUGUCUCUGCCACAUCACAUUCUGGGAAUCACACGUGCCACCAAAGAAGAACGGAUCAUCGGUCAUCCCGCACCUGGGUCCAAUCGCUGUGCGUCAAGGGUAGAGAGCCGAAUGGAAGCCAUGAAGAAAAUCCAAAACUCCAACUCUAACGGUGUCCUCGGCUCCAAUAACGCGCUAGUGGAUCUAACUGGCUACGCCCUACACCAGCCAAUGCGAUCGGCGCCCUACGACAUGUACGUCACCAACAUGAGAGUUCACAUCCCGGCAAGAACGAGCUGGUUCCGCAUUGACAAGUGCCACUAUGACCCGCACAACGCGAGUGUGGAGACCAGACUCACAUUCCGAGACCUGAAGGUGAGCGGAGUGGUCAAGCUUUAUGACGAGAAGGCUGUGCUCCAAGACCCGUUGCUUCCUAUGCCUACCGAGACUUGCAACAUGACUUUACGCCUGCGGCAAGCCGGUCUCGGAGUAUCCGCGCUCCCACUGCAGGUAUCUAGAGGUCACAUCGAGCUCCAGACUUCUGCCCACUUUGUGAAGCCACAGUUUGUAAGUGUACAUGCUUACGGCUGUCAGCCCCCCAGCAGGGAACACAGGCGCAGUGCAAACAUCAACACGCCUCCUAUCUUCAAGAGAACAGAUGAGGGCGACUUCACGCAAGAAAUUGAGGACGUGUUUCUGCGAGGAAUCCAGUCCCUCCUCACAAGGUACAUGGAGAAACAGCUGCAACCUGCACUGAAGGACACUCUCAUGGCCAACAUGGGAUAUACAAUCUCGUACGGAAGAUAACUUUUGGCAAACUGCAAUUCCUACUCGUACCAGAAGUGUUCAGACACCAUGGUGGAUGGUCACCGUUCCUCCUCCGUACGUGGGAGGUCAUGCAUUAGAAUCCUGGCCCACAGACAUACACUGAAGACUAGAUUUGGUGUUUCCCUUGUGUACAGUUCAACAAACCCCCAACUUUCAUUUGAGGCUGAUGUAACUUUUAACGUUUGUACCUUCCUACACAUACUUCAAAUGGAGAUUAUUUCAUGUAAGAAUUCUCUUAAUCAAAUACUGAAAAAUGUUGUGUUUCCUUAGGCUUUUCUCCUUUGUUGAAUUUUGCACGAGCAGCAAGACAAUACGAUGAAGUGUAUCGCAUUAACAAAAACAAGUUUGUGUCAAUAAUGAACUCAAAUCUAAACGUUCACUACAACUCAAAGAGGACUUAGCUUUGAUGGCAUUUUCCUAAUUGUAAUCCGUGCUUAAACGAAGACACUGAAGCAGCUUGAGAUGAACUUUCAAGAAGUGUCAUGGAAAGAAACAAAUCAGACAAAAGAAACUACAAAUUAUUAAAAGGAAGAAUUGAUGAUUACAAAGAAACUGAUCAACCCAUUCCUCUGCAGAUGGGACAAUGUCAACUCCCAAAAUUUGACGCUUCGGUACAAUCAAAACAGAUAAAAGAUUUGAAGUUCUUGUGGUCGUAACCAUGAAUAUUAAUGUCUUCUGCAAUGUGAUGCCAUGUAAUCUGGUUUUUAAGAAUGCUUCAGAGGACAAAGCUGCCUCCAUUUUCAAGGUAGAAGAGUAAGCAGAACUGAAGAAAAACAAUGAUAUUUCCAGUUUAUUUAUUUUCAUGUUAUUACAUUACUCUGUUAUUUAUUUUUAUAUAUCGUGUCUUUGCUUUGUUCACUUUCUCGACAUCUUACCUUUUACCUCUCUUCACACAGUGACACAGUUUCCGUGCACUUUGCACCAAGAGCGCUGACAUAACGCUCUAGAAUCACAUUCUUGUGGUGCUUGGUUUGAAUCCUGGCUAUCCUUCCUGUGGCUUUUCACGGUCUUCUGAGUCCUUCCAAACAGAUGCCGGGAGAGUAGCUCGCCUCCAAAUACUUUCCAGUUCACUACUUAUCAUUCUAUUCAAUGCUACUCAGUCUCAACAGUGACAUGUUGUUACAUAACCCACAAAAGGAAACAUCUGCUUCAACUCCACUCCCCCUGGCUUGCUCUUAGGCCCUAUCAUGUUCCUUCUUUCUCUUCAUCACAACCACUGCUUCCUGCAUGGCUUACUGAUGUACCGCAAAGAUGGAGAGAGCAGGCUCUUUUGAACUGCUGCUGGUACCUUCCUACCAGACUACAAGGCAUUACACCCAGACAGCAAUCUUGAGAUAAA